AUGGGGCUAGAGCAGCGUGAAAAGGAUAAGGCCGACGCGGAGAAGCAGGCCAAAAAGAAGACAGAAGAUGAAGCGCGCCACACUCAGAUCGAACGCGAUAUCGAGUCGAAGACGUUUGAUGCACUCUCAACACUCCGGCGCAAGGAUGAUCAUUUUAUCGCACUUGCUGGCGCUCUCAAGAUUUCAAGAGACGGAACGGUUGAGGAACUCAGGACUAGACUCAAAGAGUUUCUUGCUGAUGCCGCAAAUCAGCACUUUGCCUACAAUCCACGUUUUGCUGCGCUCUUCCAGACGGGAAAAAACGCGUUCGAAGAAUAA